AUGGCCGGACCCUCACAGGCCUCUCCCGAUGACGACCCAGGCCCCGAGCUGGAUCCCGGCGGCGUCGGUGCAGCCCCCGCGGCAGCUGCUCCGGCCGAGGCCGCAUCCGAGCCAACGUCAGGCUCCGACACGGCCGGGUCAAGCACCCCAGCCGAGGCCGCAGCUGCAGCCGCCUUGAGAAAGGAAAAGGGCCGCGUGAGGUUCAACAGCAACGCGGCCGCCACCAAGCCCCCAACAUCACCGCCCCCGGUCCCGACCACCCCCAAGCUCGCUCCGGCACAGCCCGCCCGUCCGUCCAUCCUGCGUGGCGGUUCCGGCAGUUCCAUCCCGACCGUGGCCACCUUCGCCAAAGACGAGCCUCGUUCCUCCGAGGACAACGAGCGCCAAGAGGCCAAGUCCGCCGCCGCCGCCGCCCAGGAGCGCGCCCGCCAGAUGGCCGCAAACGUCCAGCUGGGCUCGCCGUCGUCCCGCGAGAACCGAGACUCCUUCGAGUCCGCCACGACGACGACGACCAGCGAAUUCGACCUCGGAGGAUCCCGUGACGGGACGGGUGCCUACAUCCCCCUCCAGGACCUCCAUUCGCGUCAGCCCCUCACCGGCGGUGGCGGCAAAUCCGCCGAGCAAGACAAGCUGAACGAACAUCACGCGGCGCUCAACGACGAGGCGUACAAGAUUGUGAGAGCUCACACUUGGCGCGCCGCCGCCGCCGCCUCCGACAAGUCCGACGGCGACCCAGGACCGUCCAACGCCCAGGAUGCCGAGGCGACCAAAGCGACGGACCAGCUCCUCCAGGAGAUCAACGACGGCCAGUACGACGGGGUGUACUCUGUACCCGUGCCUCAGCACUACCGCGGCAGCGUCCUCUCGCAGCUCCUGAAGCUGUACAAGCCCGCCGAGGCCGGCAGCAGCCAGUACGGACAGAGCAGCAGCAGCAGCAGCAACAACAACAACAACCGCAACUCGGUCACCUCCUUUUCCUUCGGGGGCCCGCUCCCCGGCGCCAGCACCCCGGGAUCCAACUCGGGCACGGCGACGCCGACGACGCCCAAGAAGAAGUGGUACGAGGCCAACCGGUCGCAGGAGACGCUCGUCAACCUCAUCGAGGCCUCGGCCCGGCUCGCGAACCCCAACACGGCGCAGAAGCCCGGCGAGUCCCCGAAAGCCAAGGCCAAGGACGGCGGCAAGGACGGCGGCGGCAAGAAGACGCGGCCGAAGCACAAGCGGUCGGCGAGCAACUCGCGGCUCAGCGCGUACCUGCAGCGGCAGGAGGAGGAGGCCAAGAUCACCAUCCACAUCGCCGAGACGCUGUCGCGGCAGGAGUACAUCAUCACGCUCUGCAAGGCGCUGAUGCUCUUCGGGGCGCCGACGCACCGCCUCGAGGAGUACCUCAGCACGACGGCCAAGGUGCUCGAGAUCGACGGCCACUUCCUCUACCUGCCCGGCUGCAUGAUCAUCUCCUUCGACGACCGGUCGACGCACACGACCGAGGUGCGCAUCGUCCGCGUCGCCCAGGGCAUCGACCUCGGCCGCCUGCGCGACACGCACCACGUCUACAAGGAGGUCAUCCACGACGUCGUCUCGGUCGACAACGGCGUCGAGCGCCUCGACGCCCUCAUCAAGGCCAAGGACAAGUUCCACGCCUGGGUCCGCGUCCUCGUCUUCGGCCUCACCAGCGCCACCGCCGCGCCCUUCUCCUUCGGCGCCCGCCUCAUCGACCUGCCCCUGUGCUUCUUCUUCGGCUGCCUCGUCGGCUUCCUGCAGCUCAUCGUCGCCGCCAACUCGAGCCUGUACAGCAACGUCCUCGAGGUCACCGCCACCGUGCUCGUGAGCUUCCUGGCCCGCGCCUUUGGCAGCAUCCGCGGCGGCGAGCUCUUUUGCUUCUCGGCCAUGGCCCAGGGGGGGAUCGUCAUGCUGCUGCCGGGAUAUCUAGUCUUGUGUUCCGCCCUCGAGCUCCAGUCCCGCGCCAUCGUGCCCGGCUCGAUCCGCAUCGUCUACGCCAUCAUCUACUCCCUCUUCCUCGGCUUCGGCAUCACCAUCGGCGCCGUCCUCUACGGCAUGUUCGACGACAACGCCGUGUCGACCACGAGCUGCACCAACAGCAUCCCGGCCCACUACACCUUCAUCUUCGUCCCGCUCUUCGUCCUCUGCAUCAGCAUCCUCUACCAGGCCAAGUGGCGCCAGAUGCCCGUCAUGCUCGUCGUCGCCUUCGCCGGCUACGUCGUCAACUACUUCAGCGGCCUGCGCUUCAGCGCCGCGCCCCAGGUCGCAAACACCCUCGGCGCCCUCACCGUCGGCGUCCUGGCCAACCUCUACUCCCGCCUGCGGCACGGCGUCGCCGCCGCCACCCUGAUCCCGGCCAUCUUCACCCAGGUCCCCGGAGGUCUCGCGUCCACCGGCGGCCUGCUGAGCGGCCUGAGGACGGCCAACGCCCUCACCAACUCGACGCACUCGGUCAACGGCACGAGUUCCGUCCAGUACUCCGAGGGCGAGUCCCUGAACACGGUCGUCUUCAACGUCGCCGCCUCCAUGAUCCAGAUCGCCAUCGGCAUCGCCGUCGGCCUCUUCAUCAGCGCCCUCAUCAUCUACCCGCUCGGCAAGCGCCGCAGCGGCCUGUUCAGUUUCUAA